AUGUUAUUAUUGAAGAAAUCAAUGAAAAAUUAUGGUUCAGCAACCUCAAUAUAAUUUAAGUCUUAAAUAUUUCCAUAAUCAUAUCUAUACAAAUUAUUGUUGUUUGAUACCAAAUGA